AUGCCUGACUACCGCAUUGAGGUGUCGCCCAACAACCGUGCCGGAUGCACCGAUGGUGUCUGCAAGAAGGCUGCGGCCAAAUGCUUGAAGGGUUCCCUUCGCUUCGGCACAUGGACCAAGAUUAUGGAUCAUGAGUCCUUCAAGUGGAAGCAUUGGGGAUGUGUUUCUGGAGAGCAGAUGCAGCACGUCCAGGAGGUUUGUGAGAGGAACGGAAAGUUCGACUUUGACGCCUUUGACGGCUAUGAUGAGAUGGGCGACCACCCCGAUCUGCAGGCGAAGAUCCGUAAGGCCAUAGAGCAGGGCCAUAUUGACGCCGAGGACUUCAACGGUGAUCCCUGGAUGAACAAGCUCGGUCAGCGCGGCAUUCGCGGCAAGAAGCCCAAGGACUGGGAUGAUGGCGAGGAGGAAGAUGUUCGUCUCAACACUGUGCAUGAGGAUGAGGCCCCUGCCAAGGGCAAGAAGCGCGGUCGCAAGGCCGCCGAUGACGAGGAAGAGGAGAAGCCCAAGGCCAAGCGCACCAAGAAGGCAGCCGUCAAGGCCGAGGCUGAAGACGAGGAGGAAGAGAAGCCCAAGCCAAAGGCCAAGCGCGGUGCUCGCAAGUCCGCCACCAAGGAGGAGGAAUCCGAUAAUGGGGAGCCGAUAGCGGCUCCCAAGCUCAAGCGCGGUUCCGCCAAGAAGGCUGCCGCCGUCAAGAAGGAGGAGUCUGAUGCCGAAGAGGCGGAAGAGGUUCCCAAACCCAAGCGUGCUCGCAAGUCCGCCGUCAAGAAAGAGGAGUCUGAUGUCGAGGAGGCGGAAGAGGAGGCUCCCAAGCCUAAGCGUGGCGCCGCCAAGAAAGCUGCCCCCAAGAAAGCAGCCACGAAGGCCAAGGCGGAGGAGAGCGAGGAGGAGGUCUCUGCUGCCGAGGAAGAGGAGGAGAAGCCCGUGCCUCAAAAGGCCAAGGCGGCGCUCAAGGGUCGCAAGAAGGCUGCCCCUCCUGCUGAAGCAGAGAAGCCCAAGUCGGCGCGGGCCAGUCGCUCUCGCAAGUGA